UCAUAAGCAAAUUGAAGGGAAGUAAAAGAGAAUAACAAUAAUUAUCGUGUCCAUAUAUAGUUUGUGAAUUAGCUUUCACCGCCGGCGACAGGGAAACGACGACUUCCAAGGAGAUGGAACAACCAGCGCCGGAGAUCCAGCUUCAAGUUUUGGGCGAUAAAGAAGAGACGAUGAAACAAGCAUUUGGAAGCAUGAGAGUGAUGCUGAAGCAGCAGAGCAGCCGGAAAGUGAACUGGUGGUGGUGGCUCAAAAUCGCACUCUACGCUUUCAGUGUGUUGUUGGGACAAUCCGGCGCCAACUUACUGGGGAGGCUCUACUUCCUCAAAGGCGGGACCAGCAAAUGGAUAUCAUCAGUCGUCCAAGUCGUCGGCUUCCCCAUCCUCCUCCCCUUCUACCUCCUCGCUACAACCGCCAAACACGACGACGACGACGGGAAACCGCCGCCGUCACCAUACACUCUGGGCGCCAUCUACGCGUCCCUCGGCUUAAUUAUUGGGAUCAACUGCUUCUUCUACUCCGUCGGCCUCCAGUACCUCCCUGUCUCGACUUACACCUUGUUGUGUGCUUCUCAGCUAGCAUUCAACUCCUUCUUCUCCUACUUCAUCAACGGCCAGAAAUUCACCGCUUUCAUCGUCAAUUCCCUCGUCUUGCUCACGAUUUCCUCCGUCCUGCUCGUAUUUAACAACGAGGAAUCUGCUUCCUCGUCGUCGGCUCCUCCCAUCCCGAGGGCCAAGUACGUCAUCGGAUUCUUCUCCACGUUGGGAGCGUCGGCUCUGUUCGGGCUGGUGCUGUCCGCCACGCAGUUCGUGUUCGUCAAGGUCAUCAGGCGGCAGACGUUUAGGCAUGUGAUGGACAUGGUGAUCUACGAGAACUUGGUCGCCAGCGUGGUCACCGUUGUGGGACUUUUUGCCAGCGGGGAAAGGAAGGGGCUAAGCACUGAGAUGGAGGGGUAUGGACCGGGGACGGUGUCGUAUUUGAUGACUUUGAUUUGGAUUGCUGUGUUCUGGCAGAUGUAUGCUCUUGGGGCUUUGGGCUUGAUCUUCGAGGUGUCUGCGUUGUUCUGUAAUUCGAUAAGCGUCGUGGGACUGCCGAUUGUUCCGAUCGCGGCGGUCUUCUUUUUCCACGACAAGAUGAGUGGGGUCAAAGGGAUUUCCAUGGCGUUGGCGAUCUGGGGGUUCAUUUCGUAUGCGUAUCAGUACUAUGUGGAUGAUCGGAACUCCAAGGUUGUUGGGAAGUCAGUUGUCGAUGAGACUUCUGCUCCAGGUUCCGAAUGAAAACAUCUAUCAUCAACGUUACGUUGUAAUGAUCCGUUCACCUACCGUUGUAAGUCGGGCAAAAUGUUUAAAUAUAAUAUUUUACAAGUGGUACUAAUCAAGUUCACAAUGAAAGAAAAUGACGCCAACUUGGUAAUGAUAAAUAUUUGAUAUAUUUAUCCCAUUUAACUUCUCAUUUUCUUUGCUACAUUUGGCCACAAGGGUGUAAGUUCGAGGAGUGCAAAUUGAUGGGGUGUAACUUGGUGGGGGUGCAAGUGGAUGGGUAUAUUGUUGUUUGAAUGAAAAAAAGGAGGGGCAAAUAGAGUGAAAAGUAAGUAGUUAUAUUAGUAUAAAAUAUAUUUAUCAAAUCUAUAAAACAUUAUUACAAAAUAGUAUAAACAAAAAUCAAUAUAUAAUAAUAAAAAUUAUUAUUAUAUAAUAAUGCUCAAAUAAUAAUUAAUUAUAACAACACUAAUUAAUUUAUGAGAUAUAUGACUAAUUACUUAUCUGAUUGAUUUGGUUUGAUUGGUUAGCAGUGUUUGAAACCAAACCAAACCACCUAAACUAAACAAAUUAUAUUAUUCAAAUACUACUACGACAGAGUACUCGAAGUUGUCCCACUACAAGAAAUGACAAAGUCUCUACUAUGAAAGUUGUCCCAAAUUAUAAUCGAUUCAACAUCUCAAUAUAACCCAGAUUAUAUGAAUAACCUGUCAUUUCACAAUUAAUAUCAUUAUAAAUU